GAUAGGGAACUGUUCCGCCGGCAGAGGGAGAGGAGAGCUAGAGCAACCGAGGCCAGCAGAACCUUAAUUGGUGAGGCUGGUGCUACAGCAGCCAUGGCUACAACAGCCAUGAGCGCGUCUGCGCAGCAGACUUCUCAAGCCGGUAGCUCAGGUACCGCCGGGUCCACGGUCGCACAGACCGUGAGUCAGUCUACUGGCUUAAUGGCAAGCCAGCCCGCGGUGUUGACCCCAGAAGAUGUCGCCAUCCAGCAGGCAGCCCURCAGGAGGCACARCWACARCAGGCAUUAGGAAAGAUAAAAAAGGAGAAGGAGAUGAUGAUUAGAAGAAGAGCCAGGAUGCAGCAAAGAGAGACAGACAUAGAGGAGUUAGAAACGAUGGACCUGACGCAUAUGGAUGAUGAUGUGAGGGUAGUUAGGAAGGCCCUGCUAGGGAUUAUAGAGAUGCAGGAGCACCAGACUACCAUCCUUCAGGACAUUCAACAGAGUCUGGCCGUAUUGUCAGGCCGCGCUCAGGCAACACCAUCACCAGCCGGGCCUGGUGCCUGGCCCGUGCCAUAUCCUCCAUUCUCUGUCCCACCGGUGACUGGGGUAUCCCCAUUUGUAGCCCCGUCAACGGUUGCUACCGUAUCCAUAGGCAUACCGCUAUCAGGAGGGGUAACAGCAGGGAGUAGUUUACAGGUUCCUGUACAGAUAGUGUUUACUCCAAGUCCGUCACACGUUGCAGUCACCACGCAGCCUGCUGUCUCGCAGUCAGUGCAGCCUCAGGGCACACAACCCCAACAGCUAGCACAACAACCUGUAUCAUCGGGUCCACAGCCCGGGGUGGUGCAGGGACAGGGACAAAAUCAGUGGGUUCCAAAGACGGCCAUCGCCGCUCCCAAAUCUUUUACAGGGGACAAGAGAGGUGAAGACCUCGACACUUGGUUGAGGGCAGUGUCGGUCUACGUCAGGUGUAAACUCACCUUGCCACACGAAGAAGUGCUUGUGGCUGCUUCCUAUCUAGAGGGUAGUGCAGCAAGAUGGUUGAGUGGGCUAGUGCAACUCCAAGGGUACGGUCAUGACUUCCGCUCUUGGGCAGCCCCUCAGAAAUUGGAGGACUUCCUGAAAAUGGUGGAAGAGAGGUGGCAUGAUCCGCAGGAGGCUCAAAAGGCCACUGAUGUGAUCUUGACACUGCACACGCGGCAGUUUAAGUCAGUAAGGGAUGCCACCGACGCUGUAGAGCGUUUGAUUUGUGUUCCAGGGGUACGCUAUGACCCCCAGGUCCUGUUAACUUCGUACUUGAGAUGCUUAUCCCAACCUCUCAAGAACCAGUUGGCAAAAGAGGCCAACAUCAAUAUGCACAACUUUCCUUCGUUCAGCAAGGUAGCCCUAGACCUUGAGGCAAAGAUAGGGCAUGGACAAACACCCACUACGGAAGGGAGAAAGAAGACACUGCCUCCUAACUGGAAAGCGAAAGGUCGCAUUAUGUUUGUCGACAACGAUGGAUCAACCAUUGAGUUGGAUGGCAACUUCCAGGAGGGAGUAGGUGCAGAGGCGGGUGGCGAAACUUCAGAGGGUGGAGUAGUCGCCGCCGUAACUCAGCAAAAAGGUAAAGGGACCAGUAGACGCCCUAGGGGAUCCCGGUCGAAGAUUCAAACAGACCCCAAUUCUCCUCAAUGGGAGAAAGCGGGUCUAUCUGAGGACGUGUGGAGAGAUCGGUGGGCACGGCAAGCUUGUAUCAAGUGUGGACAGUAUGGCCAUAGCAUGUACAAGUGCCGAAACAGGAAGGUCACCGAGAAGAUCCCGCCUACGAUGGGGCUGGCGCGCCUGAGUCGACCUGUGGAGUCGACCURUGCCAACAAACAGCGUAUGGUAGUUAAUGACUACCUCCAUGAUGUAGAGUGUGUUUUCCCGUACGCGGGAGGGGACUUGAGACAUCGUGUCUCGUUCCUGGUGAGUGACCGGCUCCCAAUGGACAUGUUACUGGGUAUGUACUACCUCUCUGUAGCACAGCCCCAGUUUGACUGGGACCGAAAAGUGGUCAAACACACGUUGCCAGGUGGAGGGACCGCCAUAUUACAUAAGUUCAAAGCUAGUAGUCUGAUUGAGUCCUAUGGGUGCAUGUGUGCGGCCGCRUUCUAUAAUUAUUAUAAGCAAAAUCAGGAGGAGGGUAUGUACUUAGUUUAUGUCUCUGCUGCAGGAGAGCCGGUGAAAAUGCCGCCAGAGAUAGAGGGAGUAGUUGCUCAGUACCCUGAUCUAUUUGAAGAGCCGACAGGGGUUGUUGAGAGGGAGGUCGUCCACGCAAUAGAGAUUAUCCCAGGGUCUAGUAUUCCAAGGGGUAGGAUCUAUCGGAUGUCUCCAGGCGAGCUUGAUGAGCUUCRCCGCCAACUCAAGGAACUCGUAGAGAAGGGHUGGAUCCGGCCGAGUGUCUCUCCUUAUGGGUCUCCAGUUYUAUUCGUGCCUAAGAAGAAGGAGGGAACCCUUAGGAUGUGCAUUGACUAUAGGGGCCUCAAUGCCAUCACUGUCAAGAACAGAGAGCCCCUACCGCGCAUCGACGAUCUGCUAGAUAGAGUGCAAGGGUGUCGGUACUUCAGCAAGAUAGAUCUGAAGUCCGGGUACCAUCAGAUUGCCAUACGGCCCGGGGAUCAACACAAAACCGCUUUUCAGACCAGGUACGGUCUGUACGAGUUUGUGGUAAUGCCUUUUGGCCUUUGCAAUGCUCCUAGCACCUUUCAGCACGCUAUGAAUCGGAUAUUCCAUGACUACUUGGAUAAGUUUGUCAUCGUGUACCUCGAUGCCAUACUUAUUUUCAGUAAGACUGUCGAGGAACAUGUGGCACAUCUGGACAAAGUCCUCGGCCUCCUGCUGCAACACAAGUUCAAGAUCAACGGUGAGAAGUGCGAGUUUGGCCGCACCCGUGUCUUGUACUUGGGUCAUGAGAUUUCUGCGGAGGGAUUGAAGCCCGAUGACGCGAAGGUGGCCACAGCAUUCGUGAUUGGCCACGUCCUCAGUCUGUGACUGAGAUGAGAUCUUUCUUAGGAAUGACAGGCUACUAUAGGACUUUCGUUAAGAACUACAACAUAG